AUGUUGGGAUGUACGGAUAUUGAGAGUACGGAUAUUGAGAGUACGGAUAUUGAGAGUACGGAUAUUGAGAGUACGGAUAUUGAGAGUACGGAUAUUGAGAGUACGGAUAUUGAGAUGUAUAAGAUGUAUACGGAUUCGGAUCUGGCAGACUGGGACUCGGAGGGAGUUUUAAGUUUUGGGGAGUUGGGAAUUGGGGGUGUGGAGGAAGUGAGAACUGGAGGAGGGGAGGGAAGAGAUUGA